CAAUUAUGACGGGGUUGCCCAGCUUUUCCCUGAUGUAGAAGCCACAAAUAUUACAGUUAACAUUCCGGAUAACGAGAUUCAUGGCUUGCCUGCUUGAAAUUAAAACUAGAUUUCUGUCGCUUGUAGAAGCUGACGCGUUUCAGUCAGUGCUCUUUUCUUGAAGCUUAUAUUAUCAAGUAGUACGAUAUGGGUGCUGCUGCACCUUGCUUCUUGGUGCUGAGGACGUCGCCGAGGAGAGCGCAGCAAAACCUUCCCGCACCGGCUCUUUGCCUCCACGCGUUCUACCUGUGGGCGUGAUUCGCUCUGUACUGGCACCGGCAGCACCAGAGCUGCGUCACUGGCGCUCUGGAAGACAACCGCAACUGUUCGGCAGCAGGGACAGGCGAGGAGGUAGAGACAGCGGAAUGUAGCGCACCCUUGAGAAAGCCCUUUGCGAUUGUAAUACCCCCUGCGACUCAGGCAGAGCUAACGAAGAACGCGUGGCUCACAAGGGGUCUAAAUUGCAAUUUCCAUCCCCCUCGUAUGUUCGCCCCUCCCGUUUUUUAUAUUGCUCUUCUUUUGGCAUUAAAGAGGACCUCACGUUGCGUUAAAGCUCCGUUUCAUUUAAAAGUCUGUCGCCAUCCUUGGGAGCCGCUUUGUCGAUUUAUUGCCACACGUUGCUUUCAGAUGGGAUUUUUUUACACGGUUUAUCCGCAGGGCAUUACCUCUAAAGAGUUACGAGUCCCUGUCAUCGUGCGCGCCUCCAUAGUCCCAGGUGUGCUGGGAUUUGCGCUAUAAAUGGUAUUCUCACAGCACUGCUUUCUAGUUUCUGCCUAGAAAACCCGGAGCUCAUUCUGUCCGCUUGAAGUGUCCACGACAAGGAUUUCUUCCCCUUUGCAAUUAUGUAAACUUCAGACAAGAAGGCAUCCAGCGCGUGGAAUAUUUGCAUCUCUUGAUUUCCUUUUCUGGAUCGAUUUUUUUUUAAUAUAAAGAGCACCUCCAUUCGCUCUUCUGAAAAAAAGAAAGAAAAAAAGCCGGGCUGCGGAUUGCGCAGCAUUUCCAGGGACCCCGGUGUAAGAGCUAACGAGCCGAGUUUACCGAAUACCACUGGCUGAUGAUUAAUGAAGCACUCGCGCACCGCUGAUGGUCAGUCGCUCGUUCUGAAGAUGUCUUUUUUGGGGAUUACACGUGGAGAAAGGCGAUCUGUCAAAGGGAGAGUUCGCUGGUGAAAUUGACUUAAUUGCUUUUCGUUCAGGGGUACUGGCUACAAUGGCUCCAUCUCCCCGGAUAAGUAAUCGAAAGGAUGCCAACGCCUGGCCAAGCAUGUCUUCAACUUUCUGGGUGAUUAUGAUAUUGGCCAGCCUCCUAAUCGUCUACUGCAGUCAACUAGCUGCUGGUACAUGUGAAAUUGUCACUCUGGACAGAGACAGCAGUCAGCCACGACGGACUAUAGCCAGACAAACAGCACGAUGUGCAUGUAAAAAAGGGCAAAUUGCAGGCACAACAAGAGCAAGACCAGCCUGUGUUGACGCACGGAUUGUAAAGGCAAAACAAUGGUGUGAAAUGCUUCCUUGUUUGGAAGGAGAAGGAUGUAAUUUGUUAAUAAAUAAAUCAGGCUGGACUUGUACACAACCUGGAGGCAGAGUGAAAACCACAACAGUCUCCUGACAAACGUAACAAAAGAGAAUCUUCAUUAAGAACGGUUUAGACUCUGUGAACCACUUACUUUAGUCAACUUUCACCACCGUGGAUCAUCUGUUCCAUGUCAUCUGCUCCACUGUCUCUGUCUGUUUCGCACAAAGUAACUUAAUUCUUGAUGCUGAAAUUAAGCUGCUCAACGCCCGUUGGAUUACAGGACCAAGUGGUAUAAAUAUCCAAGGCCCAGCUUAAAAUAAACUAUAAGGCAGAACUGGGCAAAUGUGAUGUCAAACUGUUCAUUCUGUUGAUCUCGGAUUGACAUUCUCUCUUUGGACAUAAAGAGUCUGACUUACUGACAUCUUUAUCAGUGGACGCUGAUCACUGCACGAAAUGAGUACAGGAAAAAUGGACAAUAUCUUGUUUGCAUAGUUCUGUGGAGCUAACUUAUUUUCUCACAUUUAGUAUUAUUACAGACCAAAGACAAAAAAAGAACAUGUUGAAGUGGGCUCUGUAGUCUUUUUGUGAACAAAGCUAAAUAACAUGCAUACAUCUCAAGGAAUUAUUUCUUGAUUAAAAUUCUGAUUGACCUUUCUGGACAGCUGGUGGUUCCUGAAUUAACGGGGCUGAAAAUGAUAUGAAGUCUCUGAUAGAGCAACAAAAAUAAAAGUCAUAACAUUUCACAUGAUUUUUAUGGAGAACCUUUUAAUUAUUGUUUGAUCACCAAUGUAUUACUGAGUGUGUGUGUAUGUGUGUUUUUUAUAUAUGUGUAUUUGUGUGUGUAUUUACAUGAAUAUACGCACAAUAUAUACAGACAUACAUUCACACACACAAUUCCAUUUUUUAUUGGUUGCAGCCAGACAAUUUGCAAUAAGCAUGGAUGUCUAUGACGACCUAUGGUGAAUAUACUUUAACUACGGGAGACAAACAAAGUUACAGUUUGAAAGUUUAAAUAAAAAAAAUGUAUUUUGGAGAAGCCUAAAGUUAUAUAUUUAACAGUUUUAUAUGUUGUACCUUUGUAGAAAACCUUAUUUAACACAAAUAAUGUGGUCACUCUACCAGUUAUAAAAA